GAACCCCGAUGCGCAGAACUGCAUGAGCCUCAUCCGCGCCUGCGGGCAGGAGGGCGACGUCGAGCGCGCCCUCGAGACGCUGUGGGACCUCAGCGGCCGCGGCGUGGCCGACACCGCGGCGUACAACUGCGCGCUCGACGUGUGCGUCUCGCAGGGCGACUCCGCCGCGGCCUCCCGCGUGUUCAAGGCCAUGAAGGCCUCGGGCCACGUUGACGUCGUCUCCUACAACAUCCUGCUCAAGACACACCUCGGCGAGGAGGGCUCCCCGGACGACGUGGAGGCCCUUCUCCGGGAGAUGCACCAGGGGGGCCUCAGGCCGAACGUCGCCACCUUCAACUCCGUCCUCGGCGGAGCCCUUGCCGCGGGUGACUUCAAGCGCGCCUGGCGCACCAUCGAUCAGAUGGAGGGCGUCGAUGGUCCUGGCGUCGACGCUUACACGAUCAGCAUCCUCUUCAAG